UCAGUUAAAUUAAACGGUGCGAUUUGCAAAACUAUUUUAAAAAGCUAAUCCAACCCCCUAAAACCAAGCCCACCACCGAAAAAAAAAAGAAAAAAAGAAAUAGCCGUUACCAAAGGCAGAAGCGUCUAAAGCUCACCGGUUCAUCUUUUUUCUCCAUUCCCUGUGACCACUUUAAUGCUACAAGCAGAAAAAAUACCCUAGCAAAUCCGCAAUACAACAAAAACCCUAACUCCGAUCAACUUUUUCAGCAACAAUCUUUCGAUGGAUUCAAACGGCAAAUCCAUUAGACUUACGCCUAAAAAAUGCUCCAAAAAUUCAGAGAAUUUGAACCCCAAUGUGGAACAACACAGUCCUUAUCUGCCCAAAUCUUCUAAAUCACCAUCAAUGGCGAAAUCAGCGAAAAAACCCCAAAAUUCAGUAUCCAGAAACCCUAACGCAAAUCAAUUGGUUUCGCCUUUUCCCAAAAACAAAAUUCGCCAAAGGAAGUUUGUGAUCGCAAAGAAGAACAAGUGUAAUAGUGAUAAUUUGAACCCGUCAGUUGCUAUUUGUAAGUGUAAUAAGGCGGGUGGUGGUGAGAAAAAGAAGUGCCUUUGUGUUGCUUAUGAGAGCCUCAGGGCUUCUCAAGAAGAGUUUUUCAAGAAUCGCGGUGGAAAUGAGCACGAAGAAAGUGAAAUCAAGAAGUUGGAUAAUGUAAAUAGCGCUGAAAUUGGCAAUGGAGAAGGAAUGAGUAACCAGUCAUUGACUCAAAACAUUGAGACUGUUGAAUUGGGUGAUCGUUGUGUGGCUGAUGAAAUGGCGGAAAGGGCAAACGAGGAUGUGGGUUCGGGUGAAAUGGGUGGUGGAACUAUAAAGAGGAGGAGGGAGAGGUUGUUGGAAGAAGCAAGACAAAGUGUAUCUGAAUCAGGAAAAGUGAUGCAUUUAGUUAAGGCUUUUGAGAAGCUUCUUUCGAUACCAAAAACAAAGGAGUGUGAAGGGGAAAAGGAAACAGAAGAUUCUGGAAAGGGACAAAAAAGGGCAUUGCCUGGCUUACAACCUCCUAAGGUUCCUGCGACAGAGAUGUCUCCUUCUUCGUUUUGUCCAUCGGAUUUUUUCCUCACCUCUGAGAGUUUAGGCUUGGAUUCGCGUCGUGCCUCCUCAUUGGAUAGCAGCCACGGAAGCUUCAGUAUUUCAAGCAGGACUUCAGGUGGUGGUCGAAGGAGCAGACACAAUAGCGCUGAAUCAUCAGGCACAUUUACUAGAAAAAAUGGGAAGAGAAGGCAGCUCAAAGCAACCUCACAAAAGCCGUUCAAACUUAGAACUGAGGAAAGGGGAAAAUGUAAGGAGGAAGAAUUUUUAGAGAAGGUGCAACAAAUGGCGGAGGAAGAGGAGAAACAGCGGAUACCAAUUGCACAAGGCCUUCCAUGGACAACAGAUGAGCCAGAGUGUUUGCCAAAGCCUCCUGUAAAAGAGUGCACAAGGCCUGUUGAUCUGGUGCUGCACAGUGACAUUAGGGCAGUUGAACGUGCUGAGUUUGACCAUCAGGUGGCAGAUAAAUUGAGCUUUAUUGAACAAUACAAGAUGGAAAGAGAGAGACUACAGAAGAUGGCCGAGGAAGAAGAAAUUAGGAGGCUGAGAAAGGAACUUGUUCCAAAAGCUCAACCAAUGCCCUACUUUGACAGACCUUUCAUUCCUAGAAGAAAAUGGAGGAGUAAACCUCUGGGAACAACUGAGUGAGACUAUAAAGGCGAAGAUGGGACAGUUACAUAAUAAAAGUAGCUGGGGUAAUGGGAGCUCUAAGAAGGCUCAUGGUCACAUAGAACCUUGAGAGGCAGUUCUCUUGGUCCCAGAAUGGCCUAUCAAAGAUCUAAAAAGGAAAUAUGAGAUGAAGCAAAACUUGUACAUAUCGUCAUUUACUCUCGAAAUUUUAGCUGAAUGAAGAAGGUGAACUCCGGUUUGGCGCGCAGGUAUCAGGGGAAAGUUGGUGCUUAUAGUAGCAGCAAAGUUAGUGGUAUUAACGCAUUCCCCGGUAAAUUUUGCUAGUGUUAUCUAGAGUCUAUCCAUUUCAAAAAUUGUCCCAUAUGUAGAUUGCCAAAACUUGUUUACCUUUCUUGUAUUUGUACUACGAGUUUCUGCCCAAAACUGGUUUGAGUUUUUGGUGUAAAGAAAUUCUAGCCUGUGUAUGCUUUA